AUGUCGGACGGAGAAGAGACCCAGUCCAACCCCGUUGUCGCCGCCGAUGAGGUCGAGGUUUCCGCCGAUGCCGGCUCUGGCCAGAUGUCCGUCCUGGACGCUCUGAAGGGCGUUCUGCGCAUCUCGCUCAUCCACGACGGUCUGGCCCGCGGUCUGCGCGAGGCCGCUAAGGCCCUCGACCGCCGCCAGGCGCACAUGUGUGUCCUUAACGAGGGCUGCGAGGAGGAGGCUUACAAGAAGCUUGUUGUUGCUCUCUGCUCCGAGCACAAGAUUCCUCUGAUCAAGGUCGUCAACUGCUCGUGCGUCGUCGUUAAGGACUGGGGUGAGGAGUCGCAGGAGCGCUCUGUUCUCCUCAACUACUUCCAGACUGAGCAGUAG